GUCACCGACGCGUCUCCAGACGGCAGGCUGCUCCCCAAAUUGCCUUUCCUCGUUGCAACCCGCGUCUGGCGUAUAGCUGUAUCUUUUGCAGACGCUUCCUUCUAUAUAGCUGUCGCUGAGCUUGAGCUGCUCCAUUCCCGCAACCCCCUUGUGUCCCGACAACGCUGGGAGCCCAUUCUCGCACCGCACUUCGUUAGGUUAGUUUAGAUCACAUCAUUCUCAGGUUUGUUUUAGGCUUUUAGCCUACACCUGUCGCCUCAAUUAAUUCGCUGUGGAGGGGGAGAUUCGGAGGCAUUAGCAGAAUCAAAAUCCAUGGUGCUGUACGCCGAUCUCGACGCGCUCCGGGCGUCGGCGGCCGACGUGCGGAUCGUCACGUCGGACGGCCAGACCAUCGCCGCACACUCCUACGUUCUUGCCUCGGCGUCGCCGGUGCUGGAGAGGAUGAUCCACAGGGCGCGCCGCGGGUGGGGCGCCGCCGACUGCACUGUCGCUGUCUUCGGCGUCCCCUCCGACGCCGUCAUCGCCUUCCUCCACCUACUCUACUCCUCCAGGGUGGCGCCCGGAACGGAGGAGGAGCUGGUGGCCGCGCACGGGCCGCAGCUGCUGGCGCUGGCGCACGCGUACCGCGUCGAGUGGCUGAAGCGCGCCGCCGAGGCCGCCGUGUCGGCGCGGCUGACCGCGGACCGCGCCGUGGACAUGCUCAAGCUGGCCAGGCUCUGCGACGCGCCGCUGCUGUACGCGCGGUGCGCGCGCCUGGCCGCCAAGGACUUCGCCGCCGUCGAGGCGACCGACGGGUGGCGCUUCGCGCGGCGCCACGACCCGGCGCUGGAGCUGGAGCUCCUCCAGCUGCUGGAGGGCGCGGACCAGCGGCGGGCGCGGUGGGCGCGGGCGCGGGCGUCGCAGGAGGCGUACCGGCAGCUCGGCGAGGCCAUGGGCUCCCUCGACUGCAUCUUCGACGCGGCGUCCGCAGGCCCGGGAACGUGCCGGGACGGCGACGCCACGUGCCAGGGCCUUCGGCUGCUGAUGCGGCAUUUCGCCGCGUGCGCGCGCAAGGCCGCGCCGGGCGGCUGCGCGCGGUGCAAGCGCAUGCUGCAGCUCUUCCGCCUCCACGCCUCCGUCUGCGACCGGGCCGAGCUACAGGACCAGCCGUGCCGUGUGCCGUUCUGCAGCCAUUUCAGGGCGAAGAUGCAAGCUGAGAAAGCGGACAAGACAUGGCGGCUCCUGGUGAAGAAGGUGAGGAGGGCUAGAGCGAUGGUCAGCUUGGCCAACAGGCAGGUGCCGGAGGUUGUGGCUAUGUCGUGGGUGAAGUACAGCAGCAGCAAAUGGGCGCGAAACUGAGAUACUCCCGGUCCGGCAUGCAUGGUGUAGCCUUCUGCAAAUUUUUUUUGCGUUGUUGGACUAUGAAUGCAAUCCGACGAUUGCCAUGCAAACGAGGUCAUGAGGUCUGUCUGAAACAAAAAUAAAAAUGUAGGCAGAGUCGAUUCUUGCCAGAUAGAUUUAGUGUUUAUUUUUUUGGAGAGAUAUAAGGAGAAUAUAGUGCUGUUGUAUAUCCCUAUAUAUCAUGCAAUCAACUUGGACUUGUGUACCAGAAUUCAGAAGCAAAUAUGUUCGUUUAAUAAAUUUGAAGGUAGCCUAUCAUUUUGGUAAA